UUUUGUUAUUUCACGGCAACAACGCUCGGCUACUGGUUAGUAGCAAGGUGUUUGUGACAGGUAAACCAAUCUGACGUACGUGUUGGUUACUGAAAUAAUCGAAGAUGUCGCUACGUACGCUUCCGCUACUGUUUAUCAAUCUUGGCGGUGAGAUGUUGUAUAUCUUAGACCAACGAUUGCGAGCUCAGAGUAUACCUUCCGACAAAUCGAAGAAAGUUAUGCAUGAUAUUAUUGGUACCAUGUUCAACAAGAGAUUCAUGGAUGAACUGUUCAAACCACAGGAAGCGUAUUCUAAGAAAGCUAUGCGCACUGUAUUUGAUAGACUAGCCCAUGCUUCUAUAAUGAGAUUAAAUGCUGCUAGUAUGGACAAGCUGUAUGACCUGAACAUGGCAUUCAAAUACCAAGUGUCUCUGUGUCUUAAACCAACUGAUCUACUCCUAGUCACUUUCAAUCACAUGGAUGCUAUUCGUAUAUUUGUAGAAGACUCUCCACCAAUCAAAUCGCAAGUUGACAAUGUGUACAGAUUACUCAUCCAGCACUAUGCAUCUCUACCAUCAGGUGAAUUUCAACUCAUCAGACAAACAUUAUUAGAAUUUUUCCAAGAUAUGCACAUUAGGGUAUCCAUCUUUCUGAAAGACAAAGUACAGAACUCCAACGGUAGAUUUGCAUUGCCCACCGGUGGUCCUGUACCUUAUGGAUCCGAAAUACCAGGAACUAUCAGAUAUUUUUCCGACAAUACGCAAGCUAAAUCAUCAGAUUUCCAAGUUCGUGGUAAAUAUGUAGCUUCAUUACGAGAAGGAUCGCACGAGAUGAAAGGCGACCGAGUAACUAAACUAGGCACCAAUAUGUACAAUGUGGCUAGGCCGGUUGAAACGCAGAUAUCUGGUGGUGCUCUGAGAGGAGCUUCCGCAUCUUCGGACGUGGUGAGUCUCACUGUAAUGAUAUAG